UGUGAGGGCCCCCCUGAGGGCGGCAAGCGCGGCCUGAAGCCGAGCGCCUCUGUUCGCGCCCUGCCCUCUGCUCCCCUCCCACCUUCGCCAGCGAAGCCAACCCGAGAGCGUGCUGCGGGCUGGGCCAGCUGUUGAGUGGGAUGUCAUGGCCAGCUCCUCGGACAGUGAGGAUGACAGCUUCAUGGCUGUGGACCAAGAAGAAACUGUGCUGGAAGGGACAAUGGAGCACGAUGAGGAGUCUCAUCCCGCCCUGGAGACCCACGAGACGAGACAUAACAGAUCCAUGUCUGAACUGCCGGAAGAGGUUUUGGAGUAUAUCCUGUCCUUUCUCUCGCCGUAUCAGGAGCACAAAACGGCAGCCCUCGUCUGCAAACAAUGGUAUCGACUUAUCAAAGGUGUAGCCCACCAGUGUUACCAUGGUUUCAUGAAGGCCGUCCAGGAAGGAAACAUUCAGUGGGAAAGUCGGACUUACCCGUACCCUGGAACCCCGAUCACUCAGCGGUUCUCACACAGUGCAUGCUAUUAUGAUGCCAAUCAGUCUAUGUAUGUGUUUGGAGGCUGUACCCAGAGUAGCUGCAAUGCUGCCUUCAAUGACCUCUGGAGACUUGACCUAAAUAGCAAAGAGUGGAUCCGACCUUUGGCUUCAGGAUCCUAUCCUUCUCCCAAAGCUGGAGCAACUCUGGUCGUGUAUAAGGACUUGUUGGUGCUGUUUGGUGGCUGGACACGGCCAAGCCCUUAUCCCCUACACCAGCCAGAGAGAUUCUUUGAUGAGAUACAUACUUAUUCACCCUCUAAAAACUGGUGGAACUGCAUUGUGACGACCCAUGGGCCACCUCCUAUGGCUGGCCACUCCUCCUGUGUGAUAGAUGAUAAAAUGAUUGUCUUUGGUGGCUCCUUGGGGUCCCGGCAAAUGAGCAACGAUGUCUGGGUCCUGGACCUCGAGCAGUGGGCAUGGUCCAAGCCGAACAUCUCUGGCCCCAGUCCUCACCCUCGAGGGGGCCAAUCUCAGAUUGUCCUAGAUGACGCAACCAUCCUGGUCCUUGGAGGGUGUGGCGGCCCCAAUGCUCUCUUCAAGGACGCCUGGUUGCUGCACAUGCACUCGGGCCCCUGGUCCUGGCAGCCACUCAAGGUGGAAAAUGAAGAUCAUGGGGCCCCAGAACUGUGGUGCCACCCAGCCUGCCGGGUAGGGCAGUGUGUGGUGGUCUUCAGCCAGGCUCCCAGUGGAAGAGCCCCACUCAGCCCCAGUUUGAACUCUCGCCCAUCACCCAUCAGUGCCACUCCUCCAGCCCUGGUUCCGGAAACCCGAGAGUACCGCUCUCAGUCUCCAGUAAGGAGUCUGGAUGAAGCCCCUUGUGUGAACGGCCGCUGGGGGACACUGAGGCCCAGGGCUCAAAGGCAGACCCCCUCCGGCUCCCGGGAAGGGAGUCUUUCCCCAGCCAGAGGAGAUGGCUCUCCCAUCCUCAAUGGUGGAAGUUUGUCUCCGGGAACAGCAGCUGCCGGUGGGUCCUCCUUGGACAGCCCUGUACAGGCUAUCUCUCCAAGCACGCCAUCUGCCGCCGAAGGGUAUGACCUAAAACUGGGACUCUCUGUGGCCUCCCGACGAGGAUCCCUGCCAGAUCAGAAAGACCUGAGACUCGGGGACCUCAAGCCUGCUUCCAGCAGCAACCACACAGAUGGCGUGGACAACAGGACAGUGGGGGCCAGUGUGAGACACCCUUCAGAACAGACAAAUGGCGUGCAUACCCCACCGCACGUGGCCACUGCCCUUGCGGGGGCUGUCUCCCCUGGGGCCCUGCGGCGGAGUCUGGAAGCCAUCAAAGCUAUGUCGCCCAAAGGCCCCUCAGCCUCUUCGGCCCUGAGCCCUCCCCUCGGGUCUUCUCCAGGCUCCCCUGGGAACCAGAGUCUGAGCAGCGGCGAGACAGUGCCCGUCCCCCGUCCAGGGCCAGCCCAAGGGGACGGACAUUCCUUGCCUCCCAUUGCCCGCCGAUUGGGCCACCACCCUCCACAGUCCCUAAACGUCGGCAAACCUCUCUACCAGAGUAUGAACUGCAAGCCCAUGCAGAUGUACGUGCUGGACAUCCAGGCCACCAAGGAGAAGGGGCAGGUCAAAUGGAAAGUCUUCAAUAGCAGCUCUGUGGUGGGGCCUCCAGAGACCAGCCUGCACACGGUGGUGCAGGGCAGGGGGGAGCUCAUCAUAUUCGGAGGGCUCAUGGACAAGAAGCAGAAUGUGAAGUACUACCCCAAGACAAACGCCUUGUACUUCGUGCGCGCGAAGAGAUGACGUGUGCCCGCCUCCCCCCUCUGUGGCUGUUCAUUGGGAUGUCCAGUGGGCGACCAUUGGACUGAGAAUUGGGAAAACAAAGAACAAAGUGACUCUUCCCAGGCACCAGAACCCCAGCUCCCCAACCUCCCUCACUUCAGGCUGGGACCCACUCUCCAUCCAGAAAAAAAUGAUAUAUAAACAUAUAGAUAUAUAUUAUAUAGCCUACUCUGUUUACAAAAGGGGAGCCACCUCCGUCCUGGUUCCCAUAAAAUCGUUGCUGUGUUUUA